AUGUCCACCCUCGACACCAUCUGCGACCGCGUCCGCGCCUGGCAGGAAAGUUUGCGCGUCGCUGGCGCUUCGACGCCCCCGCCUUCUUCGUCGCCUCCGCCUUCGUCCCCGUCAUCGCCUUCGUCGCCGCCUUCGUCGCUGUCGUCGCCGCUGAAGCGCAAGGCCGCUGCCAUGGCCGAUCGCUCUGCUUCCCCGAAGCGCCGUCGGGUUGCUAGUGGCGCGGAUAGAUGCGACCGUACCGACAACGGCACCGACCAUGCUACGCCCUCACGCGCUGGCUCUGUCUUCUCGAAUGCCCCGGUGUUUCCUCCCGCAUCCACGGCGUCGCAUACUACCUCGCCAACCGUGUCGUGCCCUCCUUCGACGACGGCGUCGCGAUCCCGUGGAUCGAGUCCAAACAAACUCGGCGCUCGCCAAAUGCUUAUCGAUCUCGACAUUACCGUGCCGGCUUUCAACUUGGGUCACUCAUACGGUGAUGAUGAUGACGAGGACAUUACCAUUAGCGAUAUUGAAGACGAGAACAUUGGCGACAAGGAAGAUGAGGAUGAACUCCCAUCGGGUAUACGAGAACUCGUCGAACGACUCUCCCAAGGGCGCAUCCAACAGCAGUGCAUUCCGAGGGUGCUUCAAAAAGUCUUACGCCGCUUGCACAAAGGCCAAGAGUGCAUUCCCGAAGACGCUUUCGCCAAGCCCACCUCGCCUUCCAUGUCGACGGAGCAGGCACGUAACCUGCUCAAAUUGGUACGGGAGAUACAUCGGGUUGCGCUUCUCGCUUAUGACGACCUCGAAGAGGAGACAGACUGGUACGAUGUCGUAAAGGCUGUACUUACUAUACCGGAAAGCCCGAUCAUCCUCAAGAAGUGCGCAAGAAAGGUUGUCGCCACGGAGCUGCUGCCGCUCAAGGAGGGCAAACCAAUCAAAUCGGUUGGGGUCGAUUGCUUUCUGCAGUUCGACAUCAAGAAACCGGAGAUUAAAGACGUGGUACACUCAGCGCGUCAGAAAUGCCCUAGCUUCAACUUCUCGCCCUUCAAGAAUGCGGAGGCGUGCCGGUCCUUUGCGGCUGCCUUUGUUGAGGUCAAAACCCCCUCGGGUAUCUUUACCGAUGGUGUUUACCAGUGCGUGGUCACCACUGCUGCUUACCAGGAGCGGUUGCUCGGCUUCAUCGGCUUGGCCAAGAGGGCAAUGGCAUCGUCAUCAAGCGGAGACCAAAACAACCUCCCGUCCACGAAUGGCUCCCACCCAGCAGCCAAUCCGAGCAGUCCUUCCAGCGAUGGCGUCCUCGCGUCCAGCGUUCAGAGCGUUUCGUUGAGCAACGGCUCGUCUUCAUCCAACCCCACGACAGUCUUAUCCAAUGGCAAUUCGACAUUGCCCAACUCCCCCGUCGAUACGGACCCUUCGAGCAGGGACAUGCCUUCGUCCACAGCGGAGCAGCCACUGUCCAGCAACCCAAAGACCAAUGAGUUUCUCACCUACCUCCCGGUCAUAGGCUGGGUAGUGCAUCACCACGCCUGGUACCUCCACAUCGCCUUCAGACAGCCAGACAACACAGUCAGAGUCCUCGGUCCCUUCCUCUGCGGCAGCACAUCAACGCUCUACGAGAUCUUCCGCCUGCUAAAAAUGGUCCGCGAGGUCCACGACUGGGCCACGCAAACCAUGUGGCCGGCGCUCAAGGAGGUCAUGCAGUUCGCUACGCCGCAGCAGCUCAAGGAGCAGGCAGAGCGGCAAGUAGCUGAGGCGCUGCAGAAGACGCAGGAGGAGUUGGCGGCGCAGCAGGCGAGGGUCGCUGAGCAGCAGAGGGCGCUGGCUGGGCCGUCGAAUACGUAGCGUGCUUGGGUACGCGAUUGCGCCUCUUAAGAGGGUGAUUCGGCUUUGUCUUCUUAAGGGCGGUGCAUGGUCGCCGCCGGGUUCUGGUUAGUGUUACCUUGGCGACUCGUCUGCGUGGGUGUGGCUGGCUGGCUUUAGUCUUUACGUAGUCCU